AAGAGGCUGAAGAUGGAGCCAUCUACAGCGUCGCCCUUGAGCGAGUGAAGGCAGAGCCUGCAGCCAGCGGAGCAUCUUCCUUGGACCACCCAGGCACCCCAGAAUGUCCUUUUGUCCAGUACCGUACUUGCAAGAGGCGGACAAUGCGGGCUGCCACACUCCCCCGGCUGGUGGAAUGGCUGCUGACAGCCAACAAGGAGGGUGACCUUGACUACACAUCUAGCUUCCUGGCCACCUAUCAGGCCUUUGCUACUCCCAUGCAGGUGCUGGAGUUGCUGCUGCCUCUGGGACCAGACAAGGCAGUACUCCAGGUAUUGGACCACUGGCUACAGGAUCACCCUGUGGAUUUCUGGGAACCCCCAGAGUACCCCAGUCUGCACAAAAUUUUGCACUUCCUUCAUCAAUCUGCCCCUAACUCCCCAGGGUAUGCUUUGGCGAAGGGGCUGCUACAAGCCCACAAAGAAAAGGAGGCAGAUGGAGGCAACUCCCCAGGGAUGGGACAGUCACAGAUGAUCACAGAGGCAGAUGGGGCAGAUGACUGUGAGGAGAUACCAGCGCUGCUGUCCUUCUCUGUGGAUGAAGUGGCUGAGCAGCUGACAUUGAUGGAUGCUCACCUCUUUAGAGCAGUGCUACCCUUCCACUGCCUUGGCUGCAUCUGGUCCCAGCGAGACAAGAAGGAGAAUCAACACAUGGCUCCCAGUGUCCGUGCUACCGUGACCCAGUUCAAUGCAGUCACCAGCUGUGUCAUCACGUCUGUGCUUGGGGAUCUGGCCAUGCGCAUUCCCCAGCGUGCGCACCUGCUGGAGAAAUGGAUCCAAAUUGCUGGACGAUGCCGGGCCUUGAGGAAUUUCUCCUCGCUGUAUGCCAUCCUCUCUGCUCUCCAGUCCAACUCUAUUUACCGACUAAAGCGCACCUGGGCUGCAGUCAACAGAGACACCAGGAGCUCCUUUCGAAAGCUCUCACAGAUCUUCUCCGAAGACCACAAUCACUUGAACUGCCGAGAAAUCCUACUGCAGGAAGGAGGUACUCAGGGUCCUUGUGAUGGAUGGAGAAAUCAUCAAACACCAGUCAGGACUUCUCUGAAGACUCCUACCAUCCCAUACCUUGGCACCUUUUUAACUGACCUGAUCAUGCUGGAUACAGCACUGCCAGAUUUUGUGGAGGGCCACCUCAUUAACUUUGAGAAGAGGCGCAAGGAAGCAGCAAUCCUCUCCUGCAUCUGUUAUCUGCAAGAGUCAUGUCAGGGAUACAGCCUUUGCCUGAAUCCAUCCUUCCACUUGGCCUUCUACCACCAGCAGCAGCUUUCUGAGGACCAAAGCUACCGCAUUUCUCGUAUGAUAGAGCCACCAGCCGACUCCUGUCCCAACUCGCCAAAGCUGCAUCGCAGCCUGACCAAGCGCUUCAGCUCACUUCUCUUGGGCUCAGAACCAUCUGCAACUCCUUCUGGGCCUGAAAAGGCUGGAACUGUGCAACUGGGGUCCUCUAGCAGCCUUAACUCUGAGGAUGGGUCCAGCACCCCUUGCUCCCCCACACGGGGAUCCCCUGGAAUCAAGAAUCCACCUGCAACUCAGUUGAAAACUUGCCCUCUACGUGAGCUGCCUGUGCCACCUCCCAUCUCUAAACAAAGAGAGACAGAAUCUCGCAUUGUCCGUGUCCGUAUGAACAAUAUCUGUGGCAAUGGAAACCUUUAUCGCAGCAUUGUGAUCACUAGCCAGGAUAAGACCACAGCUGUAAUACAGCGGGCCUUGCAGAAGCACAAACUGGAAGAGGACUCACCAUGCAACUACCAACUUCUGCAGCUUUGGGGGGGUGGUCAAGAGCUGCUAAUUCCUGACAAUGCGAAUGUUUACUAUGCUAUGAAUCCUGCUGGACUCCAUGACUUCCUCCUGCUCCAGAAAAAGGGAAUCACCAGUGAAUCACACCUGAGGACACAACCUGGAAGCAAAGCCGCUCUUCGCCACAUCCCCUCUCUCAAGGAUUUUGGCACCGGUGCUCUUGCUGCCAGUUCAUGCUUCAUAUUUUCACACAGUGCACCAACUAGCCCAGUUUCACGUUACCCAUCACUCUCUGCUGAGGAUCCACACUUUAGAUCAUGUCUUUCAACACACCCAUUUCCAGCUCCUUCCCCCUGGUUCCUGGAAAAUCAGCCAGCAAUAGACACCCCUGACUCUCCCCCUCCCUGUCUGUCUCUUCCUCAACACCCACUUCCUUUGGAAACCAUGAGCCCAGUUCUCCCUCAUGUUGUACAGAAAUUGCAGGCACCUCCUCCUGUGCCACAGUCACCCCCUUACACUUCCCAGAGGACAUCAUUUUGGUCAGAGUCCCCACCUGUCUAUCCUCUAGAAACUCAGAGUGAUCAAGAGUCCUUGAGCAGCAUAGGAACAGAUCGUGAAAGCCAGAGAUAGCUUGUCUGAUUAUAACAUUUCUGUAACACUGAAUACACACAAGUGGCCAAGGAACUGAGGAAUCCAUGAGAGACUCUGAUUAUUCUGGAUUGGUCAUCUGUGGGAUCCUGUUGCUUUGCCCACCCAGAUUCCUCCUAGGAGACCUAGAAUCAUAAUGCCAAAAGGUAAUCAAUUCUAAAAGGCACCUUAUACCAUCCGGGACUACAAGUAGCAAUUUGAGAAGCCCCAAAAUGAUAGUGCCUGGUUGCUUCAAAGAAGUGAGCUAAUCUUUUGUUACAAGGGAAGGGAAUGUUCACACAUUUGUGGCCUCCAAAAUUCAAUAGUGUAGUCAAGGUCAGACCUGUAUAGAUGAAUGGUUUGUGAUAGCUGCUAUCUAUGCUGUGCCAAAGCAUAAAUUUCUUUUCACAUGAUACUGUAAUAUUUCUCAUUUUUGUUGCUUGUGGAAUUAUCAUGUGGAGUCUACACAAUCUACCCCUGUUAUAUGCUUUGCUGCAAAGAGACCCACCAAAUCCCAAACACAGUGGUAGGCAGGUAUGACAAAUUUCAACAUGCUUGCCCUUCUUCUUUCCUGCUCCCCAGAUAUUCCAGUUAUUGUGAGAAUGUAUGCAUAAGUUUCAUAUAGCAGUACAAAUCUUUUUUAAUUAAAUUAAUCAAGGUUCUCAAUGCCAGAAUAUCCUAAUUAUUUAGUGCUACUUGCUGAAUUCUAUCACAGUUAUCAGUAACUGGGUUGGAAUAACUUUAUGAACAAGAUUCAUGAAGCAGCUAAUAUAGGAACCAAACAGUCGUCCAUAGAAGUGCUAUGGCAAGCCUGCCCAAUUCCCUUGAGGGUAGAUCUGAGGCUUUGAAGAUAGUGCCCCACUCCAUGGCUGUAGUUCAGUCUAACUCAUUCCCUGAUUCAGAAAAAAAAAAGGGGGGGGGGUCCCUGUAGCAUUAAAACAAGAAGGUCCGGGUCUUUCCUCCUGCUAUUCUUAAAUUGAGAAUCUGCUUAGGAUUUUGAACUAGACUUAACCAAGGAACCCAUGUAACGGCUGAGUCAAAUAUCAGAAAGCAGAGAUGGGCCUAAGUUCUCAAUUACAUAAUGGGAGCACAAUUUCAGAAUGGAAGCCUACUUGAGAGUUACUCAUUAAACCCAGAUGUCCUUGCAGCCAGAAUAUGUAUGAUGGUCACCAGCUGAAUAAGGGUAAAAUACUUUGAAGGAAUGCUUUGCUUUGAUAAAACUUCAGCCAAAGCCUCUGCCCCAGAAGAGGUUUCACAGUGGUCCCCUCACUUCUAAGAUCAAAGCAAAGUGACCCUGCUGCUUCUCUUCUGCCUGCUUUGGAGCCCUUCCCAGUCCUUGCUCACAGAAGUCGCACUACUGGAGAAAAUGGAAGACGUUUCUCCCACAGCACUGGACCAAGUGCUUCCAGGCUGGGAAACACUGCAGGUACAAAGCCUGGAGCCCCUUCUGCUCAUGCUGAAAGUCUCUCAGAGUGGGAUGCUUCAGCGAAGGCUUCAAGCAAUCCCCAAAUCUUCCAGGAUGGAAGUAUUUCUGCCACUGCUGGGUGAGAGGGCUGAGAGGGGCCUUCUCUUGCAGUACUGGCCCCAAGUGAUUCAAGGCCACCCAGACUGCUUUAUCAGACAAAUGUGGUUCCAUAAAGGUUACCUCCAUGGCCCAAAUGGCUUCAUCAAAAUUAGGUGGUGUUGCUUCAUACAAGCCUAGUAGCUACAGCCUCCAGGAAUGUGCUUGAAGCUGCUCAUUGUGGAAAAAUGAGUUAUGCAGAUCAUUGCCAGCUUGUGAGACUGUGAGAGGGGUCAUCCUUGGCCCUUGAACCCUGGUUGUUUGGCCAAUCUCUGGAAUACUGAGUAUAAUCUCUUCACUGCCUCAAUGUUUUGUCUUCUUGUCUCUUGACUAAAAUAUGGACUGGAUUGGCUUGUGUUUCUGCACUGACUUACUGAUUCUCUCCUGUGUUUCCAUAUUUGGAAAUAGAUCUUGGAAUGUAGAGCUACACUUGCUCAUCUUAAUCCCUAACCUCUGAGAGGACUGACAUAGGUUUCCCAUGUACCCCUGUAAGAAAAUUGUGAAAUUUAUUCUGAAACUUCCAGAUAGACAUUUCAGUUGAAGAAAACACCAACAGAGUAUGGAGACUGCUUUCAUGAAAUGCACUUGAACAAGAUUUUGUUUUUCCUCCUCCAUGUUAAAAUGUCGUCAGAUCCAGCACUGGGAAUGCCUGUUUUCCAGUACUAAAGGAGAACGGUCCUUGGUAAAGAAGGUAAAGGGUGAGGGCGUUGAACAGAUUUAUGGGGAUGAUUUUAGCAAGGAGGUGGACUGAACAUUACAAUGUCUGAUUUGACCUUGCAACUCCUUGAUUUGUUUGGUUGCACUGCUGUCAGAGACUUGGUAGUUCUGCUGGAGAGUAACAUUCAGCUUGGAAAGGGAACAAAAUCAGAGUUGCAAGGAGGAGGAGAACAGAAGGGAGAAGAAAUGUACUCAAAUGGGCCCUGGCCGUUUGAAAGGGGUUGGGAUUGAGUGUGUGGGGAUGCACAAUUCGGAGACCCCCAAAUUAAGAUUCAACCAUUACCCUCCCAAGGAUAGGCUCAAGUGCAGGGCUGAUCUGGUAUCUUGGCUGAAGCAGGAACUUUAAAAUACUGUGUCACACAUAGCUAAUAGAUUCUUUUCCUUUGCUGAUGCUUGAGAUCUUAGUACUUGAAAUGUGUGUUGUUCUGCAGUCUGGGGAGAGUUUCUCUCUCACACAGUUCAUCUGGCAGGCCCUGCUUUCUCUGUCUUUGCUACUCACUUACUCCCUAGAGCAAAAGGCACUUAAGUUCAGGUCUUUGGGUGCUCCAGUUAUAGUCGUCCAGGCAAAGGGGAAAGUGGCUAAGUGGCCUUUGGCUGAGUUCAGUUUGUGGGGUGCAACUUCUAUUGGACAGCCUUAGAACAGUAUAUUUCAGGCUGCCCUAACCCUAACCUUAACCUAAUUAAAUUUUAAUAUACAUUUUAAUUUAAGAAAAUAUGUAUUAUAUUUUAACACACACGCAUGCACCCACAUAUACUGAUCCUCAUUCACUUAUAACUUGACUGCUGCUUCCCAAGUUUAAAAUAAAGUAAGAGAUAAUGAGAGUGAGUGUACAUAUCCAUAGGAGUUUGGUGGUGUACCACACAAUCUGGGGAAAUGCAAUCCCAGGCCACGGUUGGUGCACCUAGGCUUUAGCUCAAGCAUAUAAAGAGAAUUCUGUCCAUGAGAUGGGAUUAUCUUGUGGUCCCUCCCCAC